AUGGCGCUCAGGGGACAUCUGCUACGACUCGCCCGCACUCGGGCACUCGCAGGCGGCCAGCCCAGCCGAGCGCAGUCGGUGGCCGUACUGGGAGCACCAUUCUCACGCGGACAGAAAAGAAGAGGCGUGGAACACGGACCUAAAGUCAUCAGGAAUGCGGGACUCAUCGAGCGUCUCUCCGGUUUAGAUUAUGCUGUGCACGACUUUGGCGAUCUCAGUUUCCACUACCCAGAGAUCGAUGAACCCUACAUGAACGUCAAGUCCCCUCGCACAGUGGGCGCUGCAACAAAGAAGCUAUCAGGCGCUGUAAGCAGAGCGGUGGGCGCCGGCCACACCCUGGUCAUGCUAGGCGGGGACCACAGCCUUGGUAUUGGAUCAGUAGCAGGCCACGCCCAACAGUGUCCUAACUUGUGUGUAAUCUGGGUUGACGCUCAUGCUGACGUGAACACUCCUAUGACCUCACCGUCUGGGAAUCUCCACGGUCAGCCGGUGGCGUUCCUACUGAAAGAACUACAAGAUAAGAUGCCGGUUCUACCAGGGUUCUCGUGGGUGAAGCCAUUCCUCUCCUGCAGCGAUCUGGUGUAUAUCGGACUUCGAGAUGUGGACCCUGGCGAGUACCACAUUAUGAAGAACUUGGGGAUCCAGUACUUCACCAUGAGGGAUAUCGACAGACUUGGCAUCCAGAGGGUGACGGAGGUCGCUCUCGAUCACGUGCUGGCAAGAAAAGAAAGACCCAUCCACUUGAGCUUCGACAUCGAUGUGUUCGAUCCAUCUUUGGCUCCUGCUACGGGAACACCGGUGAACGGAGGAUUGACCUAUAGGGAGGGCAUCUACAUCACAGAGGAAGUUCACAAUACAGGUCUGCUUUCGGUCAUGGACCUUGUGGAAGUGAACCCCAUGGUGGGGGCGACCCGGGCUGCAGUGGAAGCCACCGCCUCGCUGGCCGUUGAUGUCAUCGCGUCGUCCCUGGGGCAGACGAGAGAAGGUGCCCACAGGGUCAUUGAUGAGAUCCCCUCAGCAAAAGAAGAUGACACAGAGCAGCUCUGCCUCUGA